AUCUACAUGGAGCUAUGGCAUGCCUGUGCUGGCCCUCUCACAACCUUGCCCAAGAAAGGAAAUUUAGUGGUGUAUUUCCCUCAAGGCCAUUUGGAACAAGUUGCUUCAAGGGAUAUGUCCAAUUUUGAUCUCCCUCCCCAGAUCUUUUGCAGGGUUCUUGAUAUACAGCUACUUGCUAAUAGGGAAAAUGAUGAUGUCUAUGCUCAGCUGACAGUACUCCCCACAACAGAGUUAAUUGGAGCAAAAUUAGAUGACAAAGAGAUUGAAAGGAUAGGGGUCCAUGAAGAUGGGGAUGGAGUUACAACGGCAAAAUCGACCUCGCAUAUGUUCUGCAAGACUCUUACUGCUUCUGACACCAGUACACACGGGGGAUUUUCUGUCCCUCGUAGGGCUGCUGAAGAUUGUUUCCCGCCUCUGGAUUAUAAAGAGCAAAGGCCCUCCCAGGAGCUUAUAGCUAAAGACAUACAUGGCAUUGAAUGGAAAUUCCGUCACAUUUAUAGAGGCCAGCCAAGGCGGCAUUUGCUCACUACUGGAUGGAGUAUAUUCAUUAGCCAAAAGAAUCUUGUAUCAGGGGAUGCAGUUCUUUUUCUGAGGUAG